AUGGAUACCUCAGGAUUAUCGCCGCUAGCCGAUCUGGACUCGAGUUCCGGGGGUUCCGAUGGUGUCGGUGGGUUUAACCACGGUCAGCCUCUCUACAUGAGCCAAGGAGUUUACCGCGACAACACGAACCCCAUAAAGACGCUCUUUUUCUCGGAGAAGCUGCAGGAGUUUACCGAUAAGGAACCGUUCCAUCAGGAGCGCAAGUACCACGACACCGGGUACCACACGAACCCGAUGAAACCGGGCCAACCGGGCCAGGUGCAGAACCCGGCGGACGUCAUCUACUACGCCAACAAACCCAUCAGUGAAGGAUCCCCGGGAAGUGUCCUGGUCAAUGGGAGCACCAACAACAACAGCAACAACAGCAACAACAACAGCAACACCAACACUACCAACGGCAACAACUCCGGAGGACUCCACCUGGUGCCGGUGUCUCAUUCACAACCGAUCGGUGGUGUUGUCCCUUCGAACGGGUUGUCCUCGUGCCGGGUGGAAAACAACAACAGCGCCUACCUGCAGUCCCUUCACCCGUCCGCCGGUCCUCCACCACCCCCGAAUGGGCCGGUACACCCCCUAGCGAUCCCAAACGGCACCGUAAGUGAGCUGGAGCGGAAAUGCUUCAGCUUCAGCCCGGACCAGAUCCAGUGCAUGUGUGAAGCGUUACAGCAGGAAGGUGAUCUCGAGAAGUUGGCCACCUUCCUGUGGAGCCUAUCGCCGAGUGAUCUGAUCAGUGGGAAUGAAAGUUUGCUGCGUGCGCGUGCCCUCGUUGCGUAUCAUCGCGGGUUAUACCACGAGCUGUACGCCGUGCUGGAGUCACACUUUUUCUCACCGAAAUACCACGCCGAUCUGCAAGCGCUCUGGUUUAAGGCGCAUUACCGCGAAGCGGAGAAGGUCCGUGGCCGCCCGCUGGGUGCGGUGGAUAAGUACCGGUUGCGCAAGAAGUACCCACUGCCGAAGACGAUCUGGGACGGCGAGGAGACGGUGUACUGCUUCAAGGAGAAGAGCCGGAACGCGCUGAAGGAUUGCUACACCCGGAACCGCUACCCGACGCCGGACGAGAAGAAGACGCUCGCGAAGAAGACGGGCCUCACGCUGACCCAAGUGUCGAAUUGGUUCAAGAAUCGCCGCCAGCGGGACCGGACGCCGCAGAGCAGCCGACCGGAUCUGAUGAUGUCGGUGUUGCCGGUCAGCCCGGACCAGAUGGACGGUAGCUAUCAGCGGCUGUUUAAUGUGGCCAAUUACGGUCCCGCGCACGGUUAUCACGCAAAUGAUAUGUACGCGGUGCAGUAG